AGGAAAAAAAAAAAAAAAACCAAGCCAACCCCACACUUAGCGGAAACUUGUCAAAGAAUGCUCCUCCAGUCUGGUUUGCUGCUGCUGCUGCUGCUCAGUGCAUCCGCAUCCCACGAAGCUGAGCAGAAUGACUCUGUGAGCCCCAGGAAAGCGCGGGCGGCAGCGCAGAACUCAGCCGAGGUGGUCCGCUGCCUGAACAGCGCUCUCCAGGUGGGCUGCGGAGCCUUCGCCUGCCUGGAGAACUCCACGUGCGACACGGACGGGAUGUUCGACAUCUGCAAAUCCUUCCUCUACAGCGCUGCUAAAUUCGACACUCAGGGAAAAGCUUUCGUGAAGGAGAGCCUGAAGUGCAUCGCCAACGGGGUGACGUCCAAGGUGUUCCUGGCCAUCCGCAGGUGCUCCACGUUCCAGAGGAUGAUCUCCGAGGUGCAGGAGGAGUGCUACAGCAAGCUGGACAUGUGCGGCAUCGCCCGGCGCAACCCCGAGGCCAUCACCGAGGUGGUGCAGCUCCCAAACCACUUCUCCAACCGGUACUACAACAAGCUGGUGAGGAGCCUGCUGGAGUGCGACGAGGACACGGUGAGCACCAUCAAGGACAGCCUGAUGGAGAAGCUGGGCCCCAACAUGGCCAGCCUGUUCCACCUGCUGCAGAGCGACCACUGCGCCCAGGGCCACCCCCGCGCCGACCUCCUGCGCAGGAGGCUCUCGGAGCCGCAGAAGCUGCAGCUGCUCCUCAGGAACCUCCGAGGUGAGGGCUCCACACCCGCCCGCGCCAAGCGCGGCUCCGCCGAGCGCGCCUGAGCGGGGCAGGGCGAGCCGAGCGCGACCAAAGGGCUCUGAGGGCUCUGCUCGAGGAGUGCUGCACCCAAAGCCACGGGACUGUUGGUGUUUUAACCCCCCAGGAGCUGGGUUUAGUUCCUUAGGGCUCGUUUAGUUAGUUCAUCUUUCCUCUUCCACUUCUGCAUGGGUCUGCGUUCGGUGUCGCGGCUUUCCCGCCGGCCUGACGGCUCUGUCUCUUCUCUUCCCCACAAAAAAAAUCUGUUCUCCCAAAAAAAAUCUUACUCAUAAGUAGAUCCCUGCAGCGGUCAGGCCUUCAGGCACCAAAGCCAACGUUUGGAGGCUGAGUUUUGUCCCAAACCGUUGUGCUGACGCCACCCAGGCCUGGAGAUUCGGCGCCGAGGGGAGGAGCCGCUCCUCUCCUGCAGGUGCCGGGAGAUGCACUAAAAACUCUCGCACGUCCUAAAAAAUAUCAGUGGAAUUCAUGUCAUGAAUCUGUGCUGGCCAUGGACGAACAUGGAUGUCACGUUCCUGGUCCUGUAGUGUCACCCUCAGUCCUAAUCCUUCCAGCAGAGUGCUGUGAGCACGUUUAAGUCGGGAUUUACCAAACUCCUGCACGGUUUAGUCACCAGGACUUGGCACCGCGGUGCAAAACGAGUUCAAACCACCCCAAAAAGCCCAACAGCAGCAGAGGGACGUGUUCUACCUGUGGCUGGAGCUGGUCAGGAGGUCCCAUAAUCGUGCGUUGUAUUUCAAAGCUCACAUCUUGUACUGUAUUUAACUGCCUGAAGCUUUAAACCAAGCCUAACAGAAACAAAGCCUGUCUUAAGAUUAGAGUAUUAAAGGCCUUGCUCUAACAGUGGUAUAAAUAGUGCUAAAAUCUCUCUGUACUGUACAUAAACUCCACCAGAGUCUGCCUCAAAGGAGCAGAACAGAAUGACUUUAUUGCCUAAAGUGAGUUUUGUAAGUCAGCUCUUUCUUUAUUAUUAUUGUUGUUAUUGUUAUUAAUAUUAUUAUUAUUGCUUUCUUUUUCCUGGAAGCAGCACCUCUGUCAUAGUCAGGAGUUCACAUUCCACUCUGUGGCCUUUUUACAAAGGAAGAGGGGAAAAGUUUGGGAUGGGAAUCGCAGGACCGGGAAGAGCCUUUCAGAGCUAAAAUUGAGGCAAAAUCCAUAAAAACCCAAGUUCAGGCCGGUCAGUCCUGUCCCCACAGGCAAUGACUUAGAGCCAAGGCAGAGCUGCUGGGAAUUCCGGAAUUGUCAGAUCCUUUGGGAAUCUCACGGGGCAAAACUCCCGACAGGAUUUUUGGGGAAAGGCUGGGAAAACCCAUCAUUCUCUGAAGCUCCAGCAGGAAAGCUGAGACCACAAUGAAUGAAUGCUCUGGGAGCUGCCUUUCCUCCUCCUCCUCCUCCUCCUCCUCCUCCU